UUAUUAUAAUAAUAAUAAAUAAAACAAGAUAUAUAUACGCAAAUAUACAUAUACGUAAAACAAAGAAAGGCCAUCUGAUCCAGAUAUGGAUUACAAAAGAUCAUUGAAACGACGACAUGUUUCUCCUACAAAAAGUUUCAAAAAAGUUUGAAAUUAUUGAUAAAGAAAGAUUGGCUAGUCCAAAACAUAAGCUUGGUGGAAUCAAAACAGAAUUUCAAUAUUUAGACGAACAUGAUGACGUUCCUAUUUUGAAAAAGUUUGAAAUUACCGAUAAAGAAAGAUUGGCUAGUCCAAAACAUAAGCUUGGUGGAAUCGAAGCAGAAUUUCAAUAUUUAGAUGAGGAGAAAGUUGUUCCUAGUUCAAACAAGUUUGAAGUUAAAGAAAGAGAGAAAGUAGAUAGUUUUUUGGAUCCUGUGGCUUCUACUCCUAGUAAAACGAUUGAUGAUGAUAAUAGAGAUAGUUGUAAAUGUGUUGAAAAGUUAAGAAAAAUUGGUGAUGGUGGAGUUUCGUUUAAAGAGAUGCCAAAUAAACAAUUUCAAUAUGCUUUGUUCAUGGAUAUCCAGAAAAAUUUUCGCCAGAUCCAAGAUACGCAAGCUCAAAUCCUAGAUAGGCUUAAAAACAUUGAACAAAGUAGAGAUGUUGAUUUUAGUUUGAAUGUUGACGAUAUUGAAAAAGAACCAAUAAAUUCAAUUGAGAGAUUCGAUAUUAUUGAAAAUAUGUUAAAAACAAGCACAAAUGCAAGAAAACGCAAGGUUACUCAAAUUAGAGCAGUUGGAGGAGCGACUCCACGGAAAACGAUUAAAAAUGUUUUGAAUGCAGUCAUGACCCAAGGUAUUCAGGCAUUGUUUAGCAAGGACGGGAGAAAAGGAAAGAGAAAAUUUACAGACACUGCUCAUUAUAAAUGCUUAAAAGUAUUUUUAGAAGUCGUUGUUGGUGACAAAAUUGGGUACGAUGCAAGCAGCAUCGAAGGUGCCAUUGGCGACAUAUUGAAACGAGCCAAAAAAUAAUGUAUUUCCUAGAUUGUAUUUAUUAUAUAUGUUUAAAAAUAUUAUUAUUUUUA